AUGUCAUUGCCCAGUUCUUACCAUGAGGUUAAUGAUGUCAUUCCCAGUUCUUACCAUGAGGUUAAUGAUGUCAUUCCCAGUUCUUGCUACAAACUUAAUGAUGUCAUUCCCAGUUCUUACCAUGAGGUUAAUGAUGUCAUUCCCAGUUCUUCUAUGAACUUAAUGAUGUCAUUCCCCAGUUUUUACCAUGAGGUUAAUGAUGUCAUUCCCAGUUCUUGCUACAAACUUAAUGAUGUCAUUCCCAGUUCUUACCAUGAGGCUAAUGAUGUCAUUCCCAGUUCUUGCUACAAACUUAAUGAUGUCAUUCCCAGUUCUUACCAUGCGGUUAAUGAUGUCAUUCCCAGUUCUUACCACGCGGUUAAUGAUGUCAUUCCCAGUUCUUACCACGAGGUUAAUGAUGUCAUUCCCAGUUCUUACCAUGAGGUUAAUGAUGGCAUUCCUAGUUCUUGCCACAAAUUUAAUGUCAUUCCCAGUUCUUACUACGAGGUUAAUGAUGUCAUUCCCAGUUCUUGCCACAAAUUUAAUGAUGUCAUUCCCAGUUCUUACCACAAAUUUAAUGAUGUCAUUCCCAGUUCUUACCACGAGGUUAAUGAUGUCAUUUCCAUAGUAAUAGGUUAUUUUUAG